AUGCAGACCGCUGCACGGUGGCUAUUGCCCUGGCUUCUUCCCUAUUCAGCCUGGACCCGUGCCGCCAUCACCGAGGAGUCCCAUGCACUGAACUUCGUCCAAAGGAAGGUUCUGCCACGAGUCGCUCCACCACCCACGCUUUCAGCAGUUCAAAGUGUACCUUCACAGCCCUGGCUCAUGCACAAAUACAUCUUUGUCGCUCAUCACAAGGCGGGUGUAUUCUUGAUGGGUGAUCUAAAGACAUCAAUCUUCAGGGCUCUUGGGGCGGCGGAGAGCGACAUGGGGGUGUGGAGUCAGCCUUGUUAUCCUGGCGAAUGUGUCUCACCAGAGGCUCCGAUCCAGUUCUGGAUGGACCUCUAUUCAUACGAAAGGGCGCAGGAGGCGAGGGAAGCUGCCGGCGCAAAAGGCAUGCGCGUCGUGGGAAUCGUGCGGGAUCCGGUGUCCAUGAUCGUCUCAGCAUACUGCUACCACCAUCGGGGCGAAGAGCUCUAUAACCUCAUGUUCUUGCCCGAACUUAUAUUGCAGCUCAUGGGUCCCAAGGAAGGGCUCAAGUUUGUUGCAGAGCGGAUGCUGCCACUAGUUGCAAACAUGACCAGCGCCUUUGAGUUGCCCUCCAAUGAUACUUUCCACCUCGUCUACGAGAAGGUCACCAGUUCUUCUGUGGGUUUCGACCAGCAGGUUGGAGAGAUGACCAGCUUCUUGUUCCAGGACCUUAUUACUCCCGCACAGCGCAGCCAGGUCCUCAACGCGACGCAGUCGGCAGAUCUGCAUCGUCACCCGGCCGUCGGAAAUCACGGGAAUGACCAAGAAUGCGAGGACCAAGUGCGCAAGUACGUGCCCUCGCUGCCCCCAGAGCUCUUGUCACGUUACCGCUCCUUCCAGGAGCGACUGGGAUAUGCAGUACCCUGA